AUGAGAGGAGAUUUUUUGGAAAAGGAACAAAAUUUGAGUUAUUACGAAGAAGAUGUCAAAUUUUUCCAACACCAGCUCGACCUUUACGCCAAACUUGCUUAUGGUCGAAAUGACUUUUCAAUCUUCGUGAUAACUCGUGAGCUGGGCAUCCUCACCUGGGAUGAAGCCUUUUUAUCGUUGCGAUCGCAUAUGCUACCUGAUUCAUUGAGAGCCAAAUAUUGCGAACUUAUAAUUGCACUGUUUAUAGACGUUGGGACAAAUUACUCAGUUCUUGAUCACACGAAUCUGUCAUUUAUAUACGAAGAUGUUUUAGCACCAGGCCCCAACAAUGAUGGAGAAUAUGUGCGCAACAAACUGUCAGCCUGCGCUAACUGGAUAUCGCCAGAAGGGCCACUGAACAUGCUCAUAAUUUUCGAUCAAAGACUAGAGGUUCAUUUUGUGCAUUCUUAUUCCAAUGGAAUGCUUUCAUUUCACGUACAGAGAAAUUUCCAAGUCUCUUCAAAAACGUUCUCACCAGCUUUAGUGUUUCCUAGAUUCACACUUGAUUUUUCUUUCCUAAUAAGACUCCACAUCAUUGUUGUCACAAUAACCAAAAACUUAUUGACAUAA